GAGACAGGUAUUUGUCAUAAGGAGCUCAAACGAGCCUCAGAGAGGAGUGCCGCUGAUGUUAUAACCCGAAAUAGCUGUCUCUGCUCGCUUACACGCCCCUGAGCUGCGAGCGCUUCUCGGGCGUGAAGCUGUACAGACAGCAGGAGUCGCCCGGAGCUGGAGCAGCGACAUGGAGGGGUCUGGAGCUGAGCAGGAGCGCGAGGAGAACACGCCCUGCGCACACCCACACGAGCCCAGUGCGGAGAGCAUGGCGUCUCUGUGCUUGAGUCAGCAGCGUUGUGUGAAGGCCUCGAUCGCAUCGCAGUGGCAGCUGGUCGAGGCACAGGACCAGCUCUGCGGUUUGGAGCUCCACAGCUCAGAGUCUGUGGAGCAGGAGCGCGCCCGAGCCCUGGCCUCCUCCGCGGAGCUCUCUCAGACCGAGCAGGAGUGGAGGCAUAAAGAGAGGAUGCUGGGACGGAGCCCCACUCUGUGCCCUGAGGCCAGCCGUGAUGUGUUUGACAAGAGUAUAAUAAACAGUUCACAGUCUUGGCCUAAUGAAUCCGAUCAUGAUAAGAACAUAAGCUUCAUCCAGCGUAAUGAAGAACUCUUGAAAUAUUUUGGUAUGUUGAGGAGGUGGGAUGAUAGUCAGCGCUUUCUAGCAGAGUACCACCAUCUCAUCUGUGAAGAAACGGCCAAUUACCUGAUCAUGUGGUGCUUCCAUCUGCAGGCAGUGCAAAAAGAGGCCUUAAUGGAGCAGGUGGCUCAUCAGGCAGUCGUCAUGCAGUUUAUUCUGGAAAUGGCCCGCAACUCUCAGCAAGACCCACGAGGCUGUUUCCGUCAGUUCUUUCAGAAAGCCAAAGCAGGGCAGGAGGGAUACUUGGACGUCUUCCACACAGAACUCAACGCCUUUAAGCAGAGAGUUAAAGUGUAUACCAUGAAAUCAAAAGGAGAAACCCCAAAGGAUCCAGUGCACCAAAACACACCAUACUUUUCACCACAGAGAGUGGCAGAAUACCACGUCAAGCGUUGCUUGGAGGCAGGACUUUGGACGAAUACACCACGAGCCUCCAAAGAAGAGAGUUCAGAAACAGACGAGUGGAGAAUGAUGGAGAGCUAG